CUGGGGCUUGAACCUUACCUACAACAUUUCGGUUCCCAGCCCAGAUCUUUAAAACUGUUCCCCUACACUUUUCACGCAAAGUCUCCUCCCUUAAGUGUCUGGGCAUGUGUAUACUUACAGCACUACCUAUUCGAGAAGCUCUGCGCCUGCACUGUCUGUGCGGUCCAUUCUCCGUUUGCGCGCUGGAGCGCACUGAACAUCACCGCCACGAAUUCGGCUGCGGUCAUAGGCUCCUGUUCAAUUAAUGUAACUCGCACAACUUUAUUUUCUUUGUUAGAAUCUCCUGACAUCAAGGGACUAUACAGCUCUUUCUGUUCUUCUCAGUCAGGGGUAGAGAGAGAGCGCAAAGGGAUUUGAACUGUUGUCGGAUACCUCCGAUUCCUUAUCACAUUCUCGGUCGCCGUUACCAUGCAAGUUCACAUCGCCAUCAUCCUGAUGUGCGGAGUGUCGGUGGUGCUGACCAUGUUUAAUGUAUCAGAGGAUCAGGCACAUUGCCCGCUGGGUUACUUCCCCUGUGGUAACAUCAGCACCUGUCUUCCUCAGCUGCUACACUGCAAUGGCAUGGAUGACUGUGGUAAUCAGGCAGAUGAGGAGAACUGUGGGGACAAUAAUGGUUGGCCACAUCUCUUUGAUAACUAUUUUGGCAUCCCCAGAAAUAACCCUGGAACCAAGUCAAAUGCCUGCUUGCUUGGGACCAUCCCAGCUGAGUGCCAGUGCAGGGACCUGGAGCUUGACUGUGAUGGUGCACACUUUAAAGACGUCCCUACAGUUUCCAUUAAUGUCACUAUGAUGUCCUUGCAGAGGAACCGGCUGAGGAAGCUGAAUGCUGACAUGUUCUUCAAAUACCAGAGCCUUCAAAAGCUGUAUCUCCAGCACAACAGAAUUAAAGUGGUGAACCCACAUGCUUUCAGAGGGCUUUACAAUCUUACCAGACUAUAUCUGAGCUAUAAUCGAAUCACCACCCUACUUCCUGGAGUAUUCCAGGACUUGCACAACCUAGAAUGGCUGAUUCUGGAGAACAACAAUAUUCAUCACAUCUCCUCUUUGACCUUCUCUGGUUUGCGUUCCCUUGUGCUCCUAGUCUUGUUGAACAAUGCUCUCACAAAGCUUGAUGAUAUAUGUCUGGAGAUGCCACGAUUAAAUUGGCUAGAUGUUGAAGGAAAUAAGAUAGAGACCGUGGGAAAUGUAACCUUCAGGUCCUGUAACAUGCUAACAGUGCUAGUCCUUCAGCGGAACCGCAUUAGUUACAUCCACAAGUGGGCUUUCACUCUUCUUCGUAAACUGGGCGAGCUGGAUUUGUCCAGUAACCGAAUCGAAGCGAUCCCUCCUGAUCUGUUUGUCAAUCUCGGUGACUUGCUUCAACUGAAUAUUUCGUAUAACCCCAUCAUGGACUUGCGAGUGGACCACUUUGACAAACUGCAUCGAUUGAAGUCACUGAGCAUCGAGGGAAUCGAAAUUGGGAACAUCCACAGACAGAUGUUUGAACCUCUUAAGAACCUGACUCACAUCUACUUUAAAAAGUUCCAGUACUGUGGUUAUGCACCUCACGUCCGCAGCUGCAAGCCCAACACUGAUGGCAUCUCAUCUUUCGAGGACCUAUUGGCCAACAUUGUGCUGCGUGUCUUUGUCUGGGUUGUCUCUGCAACAACUUGCUUCGGCAACAUCUUUGUGAUCUGCAUGCGUUCCUACAUCCGCUCUGAGAACAAGCUCCAUGCUAUGUGCAUCAUCUCAUUAUGCUGUGCAGAUGGUCUGAUGGGCGUCUACCUCUUCAUGAUUGGAGCGUAUGACCUCAAGUUCCGGGGUGAGUAUAACCGCCACGCCCAAGCCUGGAUGGACAGUGUAUCAUGUCAGGUGAUUGGAUCUCUAGCCAUGCUCUCAACUGAGGUGUCAGUGCUGCUUCUCACCUACCUCACUCUGGAGAAAUACAUCUGCAUUGUAUAUCCGUUCCGCUACCUGACCCCAGGCCGCAGACGUACUGUUACUAUUUUGGUGGCCAUCUGGAUCUUGGGCUUCGUUAUUGCUUUCCUGCCUCUGGUCUUUAAAGGAGUGUUCCGAAACUUCUAUGGAACCAAUGGUGUGUGUUUCCCUUUGCAUUCAGAGCAGCCAGAGACUCUUGGCGCACAAAUUUACUCCAUUGUCAUCUUUCUUGGUCUGAAUCUGGUGGCUUUUCUCAUCAUCGUACUGUCUUAUGGGAGCAUGUUUUACAAUAUCCAGAGAACAGGGACGCAGACGACCAAAUACAGCAACCACAUUAAAAAAGAGCUGACGAUUGCUAAACGCUUCUUCUCCAUUGUGAUCACUGAUUCACUGUGCUGGAUUCCCAUUUUCAUCCUCAAGAUUCUAUCACUUAUGGAGGUCGAAAUUCCUGGAACCAUCAGUUCAUGGGUCGUUAUCUUCAUUCUGCCAAUCAACAGUGCUUUGAAUCCAAUUUUGUACACUCUGACCACGCGGCCCUUUAAAGAGACACUGCUGCAGGUGUGGUCCAACUACAGACAGCGGAGACCUCUCCUCAGCAGUCAUCCAGCACAUUUGCCUUCAUUUACAUGGCAGGAAAUGUGGCCUCUUCAGGAAAACAGCCAAGCUCUCUGCUCACCUGACUACCUUGCACACCCAUCCGAAAUGUCCAAUGCCUCUGGCACAACCCAGUUACUGCAUGUUAAAGGGUCAAAUGGGACUUGAGGGGUCUGAUGGGCUCCAGCCAUCCACCUCACCUCAUGCCUCAUAGCCAGGGGCUCAUUCUGACAAGGCAUACAUUUUUUUUGUAUGUUUGUUGAUGUUUACAUGUAUAACUUCACUCAAAGCAGGGAUAAUAAUUAGGGACGGUGUUAUGAUGGUAUAUACUGUGCAACUGUAGAAAUGUGUCAACCGAAAGAGAUUUUGCUUUACCAUUUAAACUGCGAUAGAUAUAUCCAUGUGGCUAUCAGUCGGCAGGACUGCUUUGUUAUUUACACAUGACAGCAAAGAAAAAACAUAGAGUAAAUUGAAAAUACAGAGAAGGAUGUGUCCCAAACAAGUUGUUUUAAGUUGUUUAUGGCUGUCAAGCAACAUCGCAACUUGCUAUCAACUUGUCGCAUCAGUUGGUUUCACAUCUGAGUUAGAAAUUUCCAUUUUAUAUAUAUAUAUAUUUUUUUUUAUUAUUAUUAUUCUUUGGGUUUUAAUCUUAAGUGUUACAUAAUGUGAAGCUGUUUUUGCACUUAUGGCAGACGUAUCAUUCAUUUUUAAUUAACAAAUGUAUCUGUUGGUUUGUCCCCAUCAAGUCUCAUAUAAAAAGAGAAACUAAUCAAAUGAGAUGAAGUACCUUUAAUUUGGAAAGCAUUUAAUUCACUGAAUUUUCCCAAAAAUAUGAAUUGCCACAUAGAUAUUGACAGGGCCGUCGUUAGGGUGGUACAACUGCACCAGCGCCCCCAACCCCCACCCCAUUUCGACAAAUCGAAAUACAUUUUUGUGGUAAUCAACAUUAUGCCACAAAUGCUGUCGAUUAAGCUUAACUUGUGGUGAACCAGGAUUAUUCCUUUAAUCAUUUUUUUUCAUAGCAUUACCAGCCAAAAUUGUUAUAAAGUGAUGUAUUCCGUUACUGUGACGUAAAAUUACUCAUUAUGUGAUAUAAGAUUUUGGUCAAAGUGUCCACCCCUAAUAAUAAUAAUGAUACACAGCAUAUAAAGAGUGCUUACUAUUGUGUGUGAGUGUGUGUGUGUGUUAAGAGAGUGAGACAACAAGAGUAAGAGAUAUAAAAAGAGAAACAGACAGCACAGGUUUUAAUAAUGUGUUUGAUUGUAUUGAUAAGCAAUCACUUUGUUUACAGUUAGACUCCUUCACAGGGUCUUAAACCAGAGAGACAGCAAAGAUAUGGUUGGAUAAUAAAAGUGUUUACUUGCUGUUUUACCGAGCCUGAUCAUGAAAAUUACAGGAAUGCAGCAACAUUUUUGCAAAAUAAAAUUACAUGGCUCAUACAUGUAUUGUGUCAUUUCUAUGGUGAAAUGUCCACUGAGUGGUGAUAAAAGAGAGUAAAAUUUUUACCCAAACAGUUUAGGUUUUUAUGGUUAAUGCUCUAUGGAAUUUUAAAUCAACAAAACCAACCUCCCAACCCUAAACCUUAAACCUAAACCUAACCGAUAGUUUAAUAAAUAAGCAAAUGUGAGAUGAUAAACGCAAUAGCUGAAGCAACCACGUCAUUUUGUGGUGACACUUUUGUCUAACAUGUUGACAUGCGUGCUCUUCAGGACUUGUGCCCCGGUCCUUUGCAUCACAAGUGCAAUGCUCUAUUUGUUGAGCUACUGUGCAAUUUGUAAACAAAUGUAAAUGUAGUUUGUAAUGCAAACAUUAAAAUGUAUCACCUUACCAAGUGUAGGAAAUUAGUGACUUUGUGGCAGGGUAUAUUUACAACUGCCAGCAUUCAUCACCAAUGAUAUGUAAGAAUUGUAUAAUGGACUUAGUUUAGGA